AUGACCACAGUAUUGCAGACACUUCACGAAAAUGAAAAUGGAUCUCUGUACCUUUUUAACACAUCAGCCAACAAUUCAAACGCUUCAGAACAAAGUUUCAAUAUUGAUGAAGUCUCCACAUUAAACUCAGUUGAAAGUUACUUAUGGACGUAUGUGUCGCCCGUUUUAAUUCUUGUUGGAGUAUUUGGAAAUUGUUUAAGCAUUGCUGUUCUGAGAAAAAUGCGAUUUUGGCGACGGACGCCAUUGUUUUUAUUAGUCGUUUUAGCCAUAACGGAUAUAACAGUUUUGUUAGAUGGUCUUCUACGCUAUUGGAUUAACUAUGCUUUUGAAAUAGACAUCCGAACUUUGUCAGAUGCAAGCUGCAAAAUCAAUUUAUUUGUGAUUUAUUUUGCUAUGCAGUACUCUUCAUGGAUUCUUGUUUGUAUGAUCAUUGAUAGAUUUCUCAAAACAAAUUUUCCAUUUUUAUACAUGCGUGUAGCAACUAUGAAGAAAACAUGCCUCAUUGUUUUAAUUCUUUUUAUCAUAUUAGUAGGGAUAGACUUGCAUUUCUUCUGGACCAACGGAAUAAUAGAUGGAGAAUGCGAUGACUUAAACGAAAAAUACCACAACUUCGGUGAAUUUGUUUUUGUAUAUAUAGAUAUUGUUAUUUUAUCUGCGUUGCCUUUCUUAAUAAUGCUGAUUCUAAAUGUAUUUAUUUAUAGAGCUUUAAAGAGACAUCAUGAAUUUAGGAGCGCUUCCGUUGUUCAGUCACGAUGUAGCAGGAGAAGAGGUAAUAGACGACAAUUCAGUAAGAAACUCACUCGAAUGUUACUUUUUAACAGCGCAUACUUUUUACUCUCUACAGUCCCUAUAAGUGUUUACUUCAUCUACGAUUCUUAUGUGAAAUUUAAAGAUGAUUUAAAUAACGCAAGGAAGGAUGUCGCUUGGUCGGUGUUGUAUUUAUUUCAAUACUCAAAUUAUUCGCUCAACUUCGUAUGGUAUACUGCAUAUAACAAAGUGUUCCGUGAAAAAGCGAAAGAAAUCUUUGGAUUUAAACCGAAAGGGUAA